GUCUUCUGCCGCGCCCCGCCCCGCCCCUCCCGAGCCCGGCGGGGACCCGCGGAGCAGCUCAGGCUCCAGGUGCCCGGCCCGCGCGCGCGCUGAGAGGCCCUAUUCAGGGCCUGCGGGGGGCGUGCGCGCCGGCAGCUGCGGGCCGGGAGCCAUUAGCGCCGAGCGAGCGGCGGGACGCGGCGGGUUUGGCGAGCAACUCCUGCGGGGAGGCUGCCCCCAAGCCAGCACGUGCACCGAGGGCCAUGGCGGCCUCAAUUAGCGGCCCUCAGGCCGGCCACGUCCCUGGGCAGGCAAAACUAGACCUUUUAUUAAUUGGAGAUGUCACUGUUAACUACCUGGCUGAUAUUAUACAGAAAGUCUUUUCAAGCGUAAUGAAAGUAACCAUCACCAUUAGUGAUGUGAGGAAGGCAGUGGCACUUUGGGACGAUGACAUCUUCAACAUCGUUUUCCUGAAGAUAACUGCUUUACCAACCAUUGAGGAACUCGAAGUUGUAAAGUUAAUUAGAUUUGGCAAGGCAAAAAAUGCACAUUUGCUGUUUGUUUUUAUAGUUCCAGAGAAUUUUAAAGGUUGCAUUUCAGGGUAUGGAGCUGACAUUACUUUAACUGAACCACUGACAAUGGAAAAAAUAAGCAUUGUGAUAAAAUACUGGAUAACAUAUUUCUCAAAUACUGUUAAGAUGGACAACUCUGUGAAGUCUGAAGAACUUGAAUUACCUCUGCAAAAGUCCUGCGGUGAACAGUUACGAUACUUUCCUACUGACCAAUAUACAUGCCCUGAGUUUUUAAGGAAUGACACUGGGUUUGAAUUAAACGCUCCGAUGUCAGAUUUUGAAAAAAGUAAAAAUAUUUCUCUUCUUCAUUCAAGCAAAGAAAAACUAAGAAGAGAGAGAAUCAAGUAUUGCUGUGAGCAGCUGCGCACUUUGUUGCCAUAUAUAAAGGGACGAAAGAACGAUGCAGCUUCAGUUCUUGAGGCAACUGUGGAUUAUGUGAAGUAUAUCCGGGAGAAAAUGUCUCCAGCAGUCCUGAGUCAGAUUACAGCUGCACUUCAAAGCAAUAAGAGGUUUUGUAAGAAAUCACAAAUGCCCGUUCAGGCACCCCUGCCAGGCACAAUUAUGGCACAGAGAGAAAACACUCUGUUGACAAGCACUUAUUCACCUGUCAGAGGGAUCAGAGUCCUGGCUAAUAAGUGCUUGAAUGUGUACUCUGUUCCUGCCUCAGCAGGCUCCUUAGAUGAACCUGUGAGAGGUCAGUCCAGCUCCAGUCCAGAGAAUGCUGCCAGUGAUAUUUAUAAAACUCAAAUGCCCAACACAACUCUCUCUCUUAAUUCCUUCCAUGCUGUCAGAUACUAUUCUAAGGUCAUCCCUUCUUAUGAUGCAGCUACUGUAACAAAUCAGAACAUUCCUGUUCACUUUCCAUCAACCAUGCCCAAAGUCUCAAAGUUUCUUCCUCAGCACUGCAAUUCUGUCUUGGGCCAGACAUGCACAGCACAUCCUAACAGUCUGCAACAGUUUUGGGCCUAUUAACAGCACGUUUGAAAUUCACAUUCUAGAACACCUGUUGGGUGCAGUUUGACAAUGAAGGAGGACUGGAACAAAGAAUGAUCGAUCCUGAAAGCAACAUCCAGAGAUCCAGUAUCAAAAGAAUAUGCAAUAUGUAACCUCUAAUAAUGAUGUCAAAAACUUUUGCAGAAGAAAGAUAGAAGUGCUAACCAUACACUUUCACUUAUCUUCAAACAUAUGUGAGUCUCCCCUAAGCCGAAAACUACAAAAUCAAAUGGUCCAGGGCACCUGAAUUCCUCUUUCUUAAAAAAUAAAUAAAUAAAUAAAAUCACAAUUUAUUUUUUAAAGUCCAUUGUAAAGAAAAGUCACAUAACUUGACAAAAAUGAUAAGAUUGAGGAACUGCAUUGGUACUCUGGUGUCAAUGAAUGCAGAUACUGCAAUGUCAUUCUUAUUUUUAGUAUCAUUAUGAAAUAAUGUCACAUUUCUAGGUAGUAUCUUUUCUAGAUUUGAUGUUUUAGAGAACCUCCUUCAUUAUUCACCAUUCAAACUAAGAAGUCUUAGUUUGAGACAUGUGAUUAACCUUCUUACUUGAUUACUAAUGAAUAAAUAAAUGUAUUUGUUUUUGCAUUUCAUACUCCCUUGAGUAAAAUAGCUAGUAGCUAAUUUUUCUUUCUUGACUUUUACUUACAGACUCUUUAUUUUCCAUCUCUUGUUGAAAAUGAGGAAAGAAUGUUUUAUAUAUUACUGAAUUGUUCUUAUGCAUAAUGUAAGGUUUAUUAUUAAAACAAAUAUAUUCAGACUUGAA